CUGCCCUUUCCUCCCACGUAUCCUCGAUUCUCACCAAGUGCAACGCAGGUCGUUGGACCGAUCACGAACAUGACCGCUCAUUACGCGUCUCUUCACAUCUCGGGCACUGCCUUUCGACUUCCGCCCACUUCAGACGGUCAGGCGGUCCCGCUCGAGGACGAUCCCAACAGCGCCUUUAACAUUACCGUCACCCAAUGGACGACAGUCCUCAAGAACUCAUGGAAGACCACAUCCAACCUCCCUAUUCGCGCGUUCUUCCCCACGAACGGCAGGUUUCAAGUCAACAGGAAGCCUAUUCCCCCCAACAGCGCCAUCGUCUCUGUAGAAGGCCGUAUCAUCGCCGUGCGCUAUGGAGAUGACGGGUUCCCUGCUUUGUUCUUGCUGGAGAUUGACCACUUCGCGAAGCUGUCCAGUGGAGGUGCUGGAUCAGCCCACGUACCUGAUGCUGUACCCGUUCUUGGGCCAACCACCGAACCCGGUCCCACGAGAAGGUUGAAGACAGCGUUGCCUAACGCUGUCAUCAGCACCAGCCCGGGAAAGAAAGCCACGAUGGCGUCCGAUACCCCAGCCGCGUCGCAGUCGUCCGAACCCCAUGUGCCCGCUCCCGCUCCAAUGGAGACCGACGAACCUCGCGUUGUCUCUCCACCUUCCCCCUCCCCUGCUCCUUCUCGCGCAACGAAGCGGAAGCGCACUUAGCCAGUCCGUAGUCCUGAAAUUGAAUUGCAACUGUACUAUAUUAUCGCGCGUCUUGCAAUGCAUUUCCAUGAUUUCAUAACUCGGGUCCCCUCUGCUAGUAUACAAUAAACAAAGGGACAAACAAGGGCUACAGCACAAAGUCCGACGGCUGUCUAGCUCUCCCGUGUACGUCGACGGGCGUGUCUAUAUAGAUAUGUGUGAUGGACGGUCGCACGUAUA